CGGGUGAAUUUUUCAAUCUAAUUGCAGUAUUUAUUCAUUCGAGUUAUUCAAUUAAACUGUACUUAAAAUUCAAUCAUAAAAUUCAUCAAUUACAGUUUUUUUUGAUUUGAAUUUUAGGUGAAUUAAAAAAAUUCAAAGUUUUAGUUUUAGCGAUAUAAUUCAAUCGAUUUUUUUUAUGCAAAUUAUUGAAUCGAAUUGCAAUAUUUUGAAUCAAAUUACACUUAAUGUAUUUGAAUUACUUUAUUUCAGUAUUAAUCAAAAUGAUUCUAACCAAAUUAAUCUUACCUAGGUCAAAUUUAGAACCCUAAUUAGAUAAAGAUAGAGGGAUUGGGGGAAUUGAUUACCACUGGAUUAUUGGUUUGACUAUUGUGUAUGCAUGGGAUCAGUUUAUUUCAAUACUUUGCAAGCUAUUAUUGAUUUGACUAUUAUGUAUGUUGUUCAGCUAAUUUAUUUCAAUAGUCUUGUUUCUUGAUAUGUUGUAUUUGUGCUUCCAUGCAUUAACUUUCUAUCAUGUACAUGCCUAUUCUCAUAUAUGUUCAAAAUCCCCAAUUAUGCUUUUCAUCACUGCAGUAGCCUUGACCUACAACAUCAUAUUCCAUUUCCAUUUUUUCUACUCUGUAUAAAUUUCUUACACUCAACUGACUUGAGGAAACAGAACUAAAGUACUGUGAUUUUUAACAAAUUGUGGUUUUCCCUUUAGUUCUAUCCUAAGGGUGAAGUGACUAUAUAUCUACUAAUGUUGCAAAUCAUUACUAUUAUAGUUUGCAGCCUGAUCUUAAAUUGUAGAACUACUACAAUAGAAAACACAUGAGUGGAGGGUUCUUGGGGUUCCUCCAAACAAACAAUUGAAACUUUUAAACCAACUGACACUUCUUUUAAGCGUAUGAUAUACAUUUAUGGAGAUAAUCAGAAUGUGAGUUUAGUCUUACUUACAAUCUAUACAUGUAGUAUUUUUAUUCAGCCUACUUUUUAGUGAUUAUUGUUUAUCUAUCGAUUUGCUUCAAAAUAGUUCUUUUAUGUUUGUUGGUGGGUUAGUGAGAAUAUAACCUUUUGUGAGUUGGUUUGGUAUUUCUUUUAAUGAUUUAAUAAGUGGCUGUAAUUUAAAUUCGUUUCUUAAGGUCUGUACUGAUCAAAUUCUUAUAGCAAAGAAAUGAAUUUGUUGGUUUGUUGCUGAAGUUUGACUUUAGGUGAAUAAGGUUUGAUGGUUCUUAAAAAAAAGUUUAUUUUGUAGCAAUAGUUAUCGUUCGAUCAAUGCAAUUCAAGUGACUAUGAAUAAAAACCCCUAUAUAAAGACUCUUUAACAAGAUAUAUGUUUAAUAUGCUCAUCUUAAUUUUUUAAUUGAUAUACUUCUUAUUAACUACUCCCUCCGUUUUUAAAUACUUGCUCCAUUUUCCAUUUACGGCCGUUUUUAAGUACUUGCUUCAUUUCCCUUAUUUGGAAAGCUUUUACAAUAUUUAAUUCAUAUCUCUCAACUAAUGGACCCAACAUAUAUCGUAUUUUAUUAAUUUCAUAUUCUCUCUCCUCCAAUUCUCUCAACUACGUUUGUUUUUUAUAGUUUUUAUUCUUUUACCUACUCCACUACCUCCAUAUUUUAUUACUUUGUCCAAUUUCUCUUAAAACUCCACGCAUGGAGAAAUAGAGCAAGUAUUUAAAAACGGAGGGAGUAUAAUAACCUAUUUUUUAUCUGGCCUCUUUAAGUGCUCCAGGGACUCUUUAGCUUUUUUUUUUUUUUUUUAUGAAUCCUGAUUGUGAUCUCUGGAUGCUCAAUAUCAUCAGAAUUUGCUACAUGUUUGCUGCUGCACACUCAAAAUUAAAACAUUAACUCAUCUGCAAAGUUGCUUUAGUUUUUAAGUACUUUUCUUUUUCAAAUGGCCUAUGUGCUUAUGCAAUUUCGUGAAGUUUCUUGAGUAGUCUUGUUGAUUAUGGUAAGCCAUUUACAUAUCAUAUUUGUUGGGUUAAUUAGAACACUAGUAGAAAAAGUUAAAUGGGCACCGCCAAAUGCGCACCGGUUUUUAAAAACCGGUGUGAAAAAAAAUAGGUGGGAUUGAGGGAAAGAGUUUUCGCACCGGUUCUAACAAAACCGGUGCGAUAUCUAUUGUUAAAUAAAAAAAAAAACCGGUCAAUCUUCUUUCUUUCUCUUUCAUUUCCUCGAUUUUUCCUCCUCUCUCAUUUGCCUCUCUCUCCUCUCCCUCUCCUCCAUUGAUGCGUACUUGAAAUUCUCCAUUGAUGCGUACUCGAAAUUCUCCAUUGAAGCGUACACGAUCUUUCCUUCUUUCUAUUUCCCCUCUUCGUUCUUUGGGUUUCCCCUUUUGGUUCUUUCUGUUUCCCCUCUUCCUUCUUAUCUCUCUCUUCUCUCUCCUCUCUCCUCAAACAAACCCUACUCUACUGAAGAAAUCGGCCUUGAACGACCUGCUGCCCUUUUGAAAACCGGCGUCAAUUCGAACCAAGGACAACCAUCAUCGCCGCCGCCGUCUAUUUCUUGAAUCUACAAUAUUGGAGGUUAGGGUUUAUGGGUGCGUCUAUUUUGAAUCAAUUUGAUGUGCGUGCGUCUUCAACAAGCACAAAUUCGAAUCAAUUUCGAACCAAAAAUCAGAAAUUCGAGUACGAGAGUCAUGAUGAAAGACUGUUUGCCACGUAUUGCGAUAGUGAACUCUGAUCGUUGCAAGCCCAAAAACUGCAGUCUGGAGUGUAAAAAGAGUUGUCCUGUUCAGACAGGAAAUAUUUGCUUUGCGAACAAUAUGAUCUAUCUGUGCCCCACCAGGAUCUGAUUAGCCUUUCUCAAUUUCAGGGAAACAAUACAGAAAUGCCCUUUUGGAGCAAUUCAGAUCAUUAAUCUUCCAAAAGAUUGGAACAAAGAUACAACACAUCGUUAUGGCCCCAACACUUUCAAAUUACAUAGGUUACCUGUUCCAAGACCAGGACAAGUUCUUGGCCUAGUGGGAACAAAUGGUAUUGGAAAGACUACUGCUCUCAAAGUUUUGGCUGGAAAAUUGAAGCCCAAUUUGGGGAGAUUUGAUAAUCCGCCUAACUGGCAGGAAAUCUUAACUUAUUUCCGCGGAUCAGAACUGCAAAAGUAUUUUAUGCGCAUAUUGGAAGAUAAUCUGAAGUGCACAAGAUUCAUCUAUGUCUCCAAAGACUUGUAUCAGUCCCGUGGUUGGAAAAUCUGCAGGAACUAAGGAUCACAAGAAAUUGAAGAUAAGGUCAUUUAAACUAGCCUUGUCUCCGAAGCCUUCACCUGGAAAUGCUUGUGCAAAAGUUAAAACGAGGUUAAGAGAAGAAGUUCUAACACCCAGGCCUUCUAAAACUCCCACUGCUCUUAAAUCUUCAGAGAAGAAGACUAGUAGGAAAAUUACAAGAAAAGAUCUUCGGCUGCAUAAGUUGGUUUUUGAAGAUGAUGUAUUGCCUGAUGGAACUGUGCUUGGCUAUUAUGCUAGAGGGCAGAAAUUACUGGAGGGCUCCAAAAAGGGUUCUGGAAUCCUUUGUAAUUGCUGUGAUACGGUGGUUAGUGCUUCGCAAUUUGAGGCACAUGCUGGUUGUGCUUCACGCAGAAAACCGUAUUGCUAUAUAUACACAUCUAAUGGGGUCUCACUGCAUGAGUUAUCGGUAACCCUAAUUAAAGAUCGUUGUCAUUCUGCCAAGUACAAUGAUGACCUGACAGAAGUUUAUGAACAAGCGGAGCACUUUGGGCAGAUUGUAUAGGCUCCAUACAUUGAAGAGCAUGAGUUCUAUCAGGACAGAAACAAUUGAAUUGACUAUUAGGCUCAUCAAAGUCACACUGCCCUCCAGAUUUCUGCAUGUUGAUUCAGCCAGCAGUACAAACCAGCAAUGGCAUCAGCAACACACAACCAGCAGCAUAACCAAAGCAGCAACAACAGUACAGCAGCAGCACCACAAGAGAAAAACAAACAGCAGCUAGCAACCCACCCAGCACCCCACAACAACUCAUCCAUCACCAUGAAUGCAUUUAUGAACAAAUUAAAGAGAGAGGAAAUGGUGUUCGUGGUUGUAUAAGUUGUGCCGGAGAAACCACGCAUGGGCUUUAACAUUGAAGGAUUUCUUCUUCUUAAAUCAGAUUGUACUGAAACGUUUUGAACUUGGUUGUACGUUUCUUGUCUUAUGAAGGGUUCUAUUUGUCAGUGAAGGUUUCUAUGCAUAUUAUUGUGUUUAUAUAGAUAAAUCAUAUAGAGCAUCAUACUUGCCUUGUUGUUUCUAGUCUUUAUAUAUGAACCUUGAUCUGUGUCAGAGGGUUGAAUUUGGGUUAUAAAAAGGCUAUUUUUUUCGAUAUGUAGCAUUAGUUCUGGCUCUUAUUUUUCGGUAAUCCAUGCUAGUCUUGAAACAGGUGUAUUUGCUGAAAUCAUACUUUAGAGAAACUCAAAGCCAAUCUUUUUUGUUUGGAAGUGUAUUUUGGACUUUCUUUCUUAGUGUACUAUACUUUGCUACAUCAACUCAUACUUACUUUAGUGUAUGCAAAUGUUCUUCUAAAAUUACAGGGAAUCAAAUUUUGGACUUAUGAUGACAUUAUCUCAUAACAAGAAAGCGCCAAAGUGCUUGUUGGUUGAAAUUGAAGAAGUUCGUGUUGUCAAGAGUGCUUGUCGGAGAAAGCAAGGUGUUUUAGAUGCUCCAAGGUUUGCCACUGCUGCUAUAGUUGUGCAUUGCUGCUGCUCUUUGCUGGACACUGCUUCUGCUUUGCUGAUUGUUGCUGCUCCAAUUGUAGUGUACUCUAAUUGACUAAUUGUAUUUUAUUUAUAUUUUUGGAUGAAAAGUGUAAAUUUUCAAGAUAUUAAUGAAAAUAUCUAAGUUUUAUGUGUA